CAAAGGUCCUUUAGCGAAUUAGGAGGACUAACAAUGUAGCAUCCUUGGUCACGUGAUUAGCUCUUCCUGCGAUAUUUUAUCUACCGGGAGCCGCUCCAGUGUGGACAGUGCGCUGCGGAGGAGCUGACCGGAGCCGCUCACAGAUGAAGGCCGGUGAUCGAUCGUCUGCUCAUGGCUCGACGCCGUCGCACUGAUCGACGCUACAGUUUGCCCCAUUUUAUAUCUGCCGACAUCAUUUAGGUUCCUCAAGAGCAGACGUUCCCUGACCGCUUUCGAAAAUGAUGCAAUAUUGGGGCGAGAUCCCUGUGCCCGCCGGACAGGCCAGCCGCAAUUCCUUUGAUCUCCUGCAGAGGGAGUUUCGCACGGUGGAGAUGCAGGAGCCGCCGCUGCACCAGCCCUCUGCCAACAGGCCCAGGGCCACCACCAUGUUGGACAUCCCCUCAGAGCCCUGCAGCCUCACCAUCCACACCAUCCAGCUGAUCCAGCAUAACCGCAAGCUGCGCAGCCUCAUUGCUGGCGCUCAGACUCAGAAUCAGCAGCCGGUGGAAGGUAUAAAGGUGGAGGAGAGUGAGCCCCUCCCCCAGCGCCCGCCAUCUCCAGCCCUGCCGGACGACUUGUUGCCGCAGGAUUGCAAGACGCCCAAGCUGCCUUUCCAGCUGCGACACAGCGAUCCAGAGAGCGACUUCUACCGUGGGAAAGGCGAGCCGGUGACGGAGCUCAGCUACCACUCCUGCCGUCAGCUCAUGUAUCAGUCUGUGGCCACCAUCCUCGCCCACGCCGGGUUCGAUUCUGCCAACGAAAGCGUUUUGGAGACCCUGACGGACAUCGCCCACGAGUACUGCCUGAAAUUCACCAAGAUGCUGAGGUUCAAUAUGGAUCGCGAGGCCCGGCUGGGUCAGACGCCCUUCUCAGACGUCAUGGAGCAGGCCUUCCACGAGAUGGGGAUCGGCAGCGUCCUGUCUCUUCAGAAGUUCUGGCAGCACCGGAUUAAGGAUUAUCACACCUACAUGCUACAGGUCAGUAAGCAACUGUCUGAGGAGUAUGAAAAGAUUGUUCAUCCUGAGCGGGUAUCUGAAGACACAAAGCCAGUGAAGAUUAAAGAGGAGCCCGUCACAGAUAUUACUUUCCCCAUUAAUGAGGAGUUAGAAGGUGACCUGGCACCUGGAGAUCAGUCACUGCCUGUUGGGGUAUUAGGAGCUCAAAGCGAGAGGUUUUCUUCCAACAUUGAAGUUGAUUCUUCACCCCAACCCUCAGGGUCCGAUGUCAACACCUCCCCACUCUGGAGCCUGACCCAGGUGAAAAUGGAGCCCCAGGACAAUGAAGAAGGGGCAGUCCAUGGGCACAGCGUUCUGGGAAAUGAUGUUUUUGAAGAGCCUAUGUCGGGGAUGAGUGAUUCUGGAAUACCUGGGAGCCCGAAUGGAUCUGAGGGCAGCUACGGUUCCCAGUCUCCAGACAGUCUCAUGGGGUCCUCUCCGGUGUUCAACCAGCGACCAAAGAAAAAGAUCAGAAAGAUGUAGUUGAAUUGGAUUAGGACAAUCUGCAUUCCCAGAACUUAUGUCCUGCUGUGGUUUUCUCAUGUAAUGUGGUAAACUCUUAUGAAACAAAGUAUCACCACCGGAAUAGGUGAUAGUUUGUAUGUGGAGAUUAAUAAUAACUUCAGCUAAUUACAAGAGUACAAAAGAA